UUCAUAUCUUCGACUGCAUCAGAAAGAGAAACAAGUUACAAGAACAUUUUUAACAUCAUACCCAAACCCAACCGAAAAAUCAAAUUAAAACGUUCAGAAUUCCGAAGUUUUUGCAUAUACAAAAUUUGUAUGUUAUAAUUGAUUAGUUGUUAACAAGUCCUUUUAAAUUAUCAAUGGAGACUGAUAAGCCUAUGGAAUCACAGCCAUCAACCUGUAACGUUGAACCAACCGGGCCCACAUCACCACCACCCCUCACACCACUUGUGCAACCGUCAUGUUUGCCUUUGCCAGAUCCCAAAAGUCCUGUCUCCAGUUCAGGAGAGAUAGAAAAUGUUUUAAGCAGCGAAGCUGAUCCUGUCGCUGAUGGGUCAGGUGUUGCCGCAGAAUCUACUUCUCAGAAACGUUCAGCGGGUGAUGCACAAACGGAUGCUAAGCGUUAUCGAUUGAAGAGACGUAAAAUUAAAGCUGCCGGAGCACCCAAAAUGCCAUUAACAGGAUAUGUACGUUACAUGAAUAUAAGACGGGAUCAGUUGCGUUCGGAAUUCCCAGAGAAAACUUCUAUUGAGUAUACAAAAAUGAUCGGAGAAGAAUGGUCGACCAUGUCCGAAGAUAAAAAGUCUCCAUUUUUGAAAGAAGCUGAAGUUGAUAGGCAGAGAUACCUAACUGAAUUAAAUGAUUUCCUUAAAGAUCGUCCCGAUAUAUUGGCCUCCGAGCUGGCUAAAAAUAAAAUCCGAAAGCGUAAAGAAAAUCUUGUAGCUAAAUCAGUUCUCACCGAAAAGACCCAAGUCAAUGGAAACAAUUUCAAUGGGAAUUCUUCAACAAAACCGCCAUCGCCACCCAAAUUAGUCGAAAACAUUCCAGUAACUGGUUCUAAAAAUUCUAUAAAACAACCUCAAUCUACUCAAACCACUCAAACCAACACAGAUUUGAAUCGCCGUUAUGGCCAAACAAGCGGGGGAUUGUAUGAUAAUGGUGGUAUUCCGAUUUUCACUGAAGAAUUUUUAGAACAUAAUAAAUGCGUUGACAUGGAACUUCGAACAUUGCGAAAAUCUCACGUUGACUUCGAGCAACAAAAUGCAGUGCUUGAAAAACAUGUAGAAAACAUGAAGUUUGGGGUGGAAAAAAUGGUUAAUGAAAAUGAUGAGUUAGAAGAGAAAAAUCGUCUGCUUGAAAUGUAUUUGGACAAAUUGAAGCUAAAGCUGACUCAAGCCCUCUCUGGAUUGUCCAUUCCUACAGAACCGCAUGGUGCGACUUUGGAAAAUAUUGACAAAUACAUGAGUGAUUUGUACAAAAUGGCAACAACAAAUACACACGGGCCCGCUAGCCUUAACAAAGCAAAGGAUAUCAUUCGAAAACUUGAUUUAACAAUCCAGCUUUAAAUGUUGAUUGGCAUCCAUUGCGUCGUAUUCAUUGUUUGAGUACGGGAGGCAUUUUGAUGAAGUAUUAGUAAGAUAUUUGCUAAGUUUUGUUACCUUUGUAGAAUUACAACAAAUUUAUUUUAAGUUUUCUUUUUUUGUAUUUUUGUUUCCAAGAAAAGAAAUGCUGGAUAUGCUGCAUUCUUUUUUCUAUUUUUUAAUUCACAUAUAAAAAUUUGUCUUAAUAACAAAA